CCGACCGCAGUUGGUUUCCAACACCAUCUCCAGCGCCUCCCUUCUUCUUGCUUGUCGACGCGGGAUUGUCACAGCUCGCCCACCAUGUCUCUAGACCCACCGACGUACCUCUCCUCCAUUUCGAACAACAUCCGCGCCCGUCCAAUCUCAUGGGAGGGUGCAGUCCGAGCGAAGACAAUCACCGAGGAGGACCUUAAAAAGAUCAAGUCAAUUGACAAGGUGCGCAAGGAGCAGCGGAAGCAGACAAUCGAGUCCGAUGUAGAUAGCUUCGUAAGCCUGUUGCUAGGUGGCAGUGGGUCACAGAGCAUAUUUGAGGCAGCAGCAAAGCGACAGGACAUCAUUCAUUACAUGCUCGUCUUGACGGGUGACUUGAUCGAGGAUAUCCCAGCUCUGACCUCUGCGCUCGUACAACACCCAGCGCCAUUCAAGCCUUUCCUCCCGCUCCUCAAAGCACCAGCCAAAAUCGAAGACUCCACUCCGCUCCUGACCUCAUCCGUCCUAUCCAGCCUUCUCUCGCACGCGCUCACUCAGUAUUCAAAGGAUGCCUCCCAGGUAGAUGAGGCGCUUCCUCCACUAUACAGCUACCUCUCCUCGCUUGUGAAGAGCAACGAUGCUGGCCUUCAGGAUAUUGCUGUUCAGGAAUUCUCCGCAGUCCUUCGUGACAGCAAGUCGAGACACCUGUUUUGGAAGCAGAGGAAGGAGACAGUGGACCCGUUAUUCGAUAUAUUGCGCGCGGCAUCUGGUGCAUCUAAGGAUACGGACUCUGUACUCUGGAGUGGAGGAAGCACCAGCGGCCGUAGUGUCCCUGAGGGACUUGCUGGAGGAGUUGGACUCCAACUUUUGUAUCAUGUUUUGCUGGUCAUUUGGCAGCUUAGCUUUGAAGGCGAGCUAGUUGGCGAUGGUCUUCAAGACGAGCACGAUAUUAUUAUCCUCUACACUCAUCUCCUCCGAGUAUCUCCCAAAGAGAAGACCACCCGUCUACUUCUCUCCACUCUUCUCAACCUCCUCACCACCAACCGCCAGACUCUUCUGCCAGCAUCCACCCUUGCGCGUCUCCCAGCACUCCUCAACUCUUUAAAAUCGCGUCACCUUGCCGACCCUGAUGCUCUUGAAGAUCUCGAAGCCCUUAACGAGCUAUUGGAUGAGUACACCAAGACCCAGACCACCUUCGACGAGUACGCCGCCGAGGUACAGUCUGGACAUCUUCGCUGGUCACCACCCCACCGAAACCCUACCUUCUGGCGAGAAAACGCUCGCCGCAUUCUCGAAGAGAACAAGGGCGAGCUUCCCCGUAAGCUCGCGGAGAUCCUGUCCAAGCCUUGGGAAAAUGAUAAGCAGGUUCUGGCUAUUGGCUGUAACGACGUGGCGGCUUUGGUAAAGGAGGUACCCGAGAAGAGACAGCAGCUCGAGAAGUUGGGAUUGAAGGGACGGGUGAUGGCGCUCAUGACAGAAGCGGAUGAGAGCGUGAGGUGGGAGAGUCUAAGGGCUGUCGGCGAGUGGCUGAGAUAUAGUUUUGAUUCGAAGACUGAGUUGCCAGUGAGGUAGAUAGAUGGUAUCGACGGAGCAUUGCUAGUUUGGUAAUUGUCUGUCGGCCAUCAUAGGCAGGGCGAUGGUGCGUAUUGUGUUUCCAUGUCAGUAUUUCGCUGUUGACUGCAGCAUUUGGUUUUUAUGUAUCAAGGGAUCCCCAGAAGAAAUAGAAAGCCAUCAACAUGACAGCCUUCAUCUACUUCGGCUUCGUAUUGUACGACUUCUGCACUAAAGGAGUGGUCUAGCCAUGACCAAUCUUUCUGCACCCUCUCUGAACAAAUAUUGAAUCUGGAACUACUAUCCCGAAACCAUGCCAGGACUUGAAAUGAUUAGACCUACACAGCAUGAUGAGAUACAAAGACAUAAUGGACAUACCGCUCAGCCUGAGGAAAUAGAUAU